AUGGGUAACAACUUCUCCAGUGUCGCCUCUCUGCAUCGAGGAAAACAGAGUCGCGCGUCGCGGGGCCACCCCCAGAACCUCAAAGACUCCAUCGGGGGCUCCUUCCCAGUCACCUCUCACCGAUGCCAUCCCAAGCAGAAGCACUGUCCGCCUGUGCUGUCCGCCGGGGGGCUCCCGGCCAUACCGCUGCUCUUCCACCCCCACACUAAGGGCUCCCAGAUCCUCAUGGACCUCAGCCACAAGGCCGUCAAGAGGCAAGCCAGCUUCUGCAACGCCAUCACCUUCAGUAACCGCCCAGUGCUCAUCUACGAGCAAGUCAGGCUGAAGAUCACCAAGAAGCAAUGUUGCUGGAGCGGGGCCCUGCGACUUGGCUUCACCAGCAAGGACCCUUCCCGCAUCCACCCCGACUCGCUGCCCAAGUACGCCUGUCCUGACCUGGUGUCUCAGAGUGGCUUCUGGGCCAAAGCUUUGCCCGAAGAGUUUGCCAACGAGGGCAACAUCAUUGCCUUCUGGGUGGACAAGAAGGGCCGCGUCUUCUACCGCAUCAAUGACUCAGUCGCCAUGCUUUUCUUCAAUGGGGUCCGAACAGCUGACCCGCUCUGGGCCCUGGUGGAUGUCUACGGCCUCACACGGGGUGUCCAGCUGCUUGACAGCGAGCUGGUGCUGCCCGACUGCCUGCGGCCGCGCUCCUUCACCGCGCUCCGGCGGCCGUCCCUGCGGUGCGAGGCGGACGAGGCGCGCCUGUCCGUGAGCCUGUGCGACCUCAACGUGCCGGGAACCGACGGCGACGAUGGCGCACCGCCCUCCGGCUGCCCGAUCCCGCAGAACUCGCUCAACUCGCAGCACAGCCGCGCGCUGCCGGCGCAGCUCGACGGCGACCUGCGCUUCCACGCGCUGCGCGCCGGCUCGCACGUCCGCAUCCUGGACGAGCAGACGGUGGCGCGCCUGGAGCACGGGCGCGACGAGCGCGCGCUCGUCUUCACCAGCCGGCCUGUGCGCGUGGCCGAGACCAUUUUCAUCAAGGUCACGCGCUCCUGCGGUGCGCGAGCUGGCGCGCUGUCCAUCGGGGUCACCACGUGCGACCCUGGCACGCUGCGGCCGUCCGACUUGCCCUUCAGCCCCGAGGCCCUAGUGGACCGCAAGGAAUUCUGGGCGGUGUGCCGAGUGCCAGGGCCUCUGCACAGCGGCGACAUCCUGGGCCUGGUGGUCAACGCCGACGGUGAGCUGCACCUGAGUCACAACGGCGCGGCAGCCGGCAUGCAACUGUGCGUGGACGCCUCGCAGCCCCUCUGGAUGCUCUUCAGCCUGCAUGGCGCCAUCACGCAGGUCCGCAUCCUCGGCUCCACCAUCAUGGCUGAAAGGGGCGGCCCAUCUCUCCCCUGCUCACCUGCUUCCACUCCAACCUCUCCCAGUGCUCUGGGCAGCCGCCUCUCGGAUCCUCUGCUCAGCACCUGCAGUUCCGGGCCUCUGGGUGGCUCUAUUGGUGGGACGGCCCCCAACUCACCCGUGAGCCUGCCCGAGUCACCAGUGACCCCAGGUUUGGGCCAGUGGAGUGACGAGUGCACCAUUUGCUGUGAACACACAGUGGACACGGUCAUCUACACGUGUGGCCACAUGUGCCUCUGCUACUCCUGUGGCCUGCGCCUCAAGAAGGCCCUGCACGCCUGCUGCCCCAUCUGCCGGCGCCCCAUCAAGGACAUCAUCAAGACCUACCGCAGCUCCUAG